AUGAUCGACUCACUUAUGGAUCUUCUGAGCGGCGCCAUUAUCUGGUACUCUGCCCGCCUCCGCAGCAACACCUCGGAUGGACACCGCUACCCCGUCGGCAAAGCUCGUAUGGAGCCUUUGGGGAUCAUCGUCUUUGCAUCUGUUAUGGUUACUUCAUUUUUGCAGGUCAUGCUCCAAUCAUUCGAACGACUCUUGGCCGGAGCAGAUGAGCCUGUGGAUCUGGGUAUCAUCAUCUUGUCGCUUCUAGGGCUCAAUAUCUUCAUCAAAUUUGCGCUCUGGGCGUGGUGUAGGACCAUGAAAGACAGCUCGAGUGUUCAGGCGUUGGCGCAGGAUCAUUUAAAUGACGUGGUCUUCAAUGUGUUUUCGACCCUGUUCCCGGUUGCUGGACAGUUUAUGGGAUGGUGGUGGUUGGAUGCCGUGGGCGCCGUUGUUCUCUCGAUAUAUAUAAUUACGGAAUGGACUGGCACCUGUCUCCACAACAUUCGUAGAUUGACAGGCCAGGCUGCCACUGCGGCAGAUAUCCAGCAGUUGACUUACAUGGCCUACCGAUUCUCGAACCUGAUCCAGGCUAUUGAUACCGUUCGUGCAUAUUAUGUUGGGGAUGGUCUCUUUGUUGAGGUCGAUAUAGUGCUACCACCAGAUACGCCAUUGUCACAGGCGCACGAUGUUGGAGAGUCUUUGCAGGGUGCAUUAGAGAGGUUGGAUAGCGUUGAGAGGGCAUUUGUGCAUGUUGAUUACAAUGCUGUUCAUGCGAUCGAGCAUAGGUAG